GUAUGAAACCUACUUCAUUAACAUCAUCACAACAUUGAUGUCUCAAGAUGCCACUAUCACUAAAAUUCCCCCAUGUUUUAAUGUGUCUUUUUCAGUAUCCUCAAUGGAAUACACACAAGGAGGAGGCGUGCCUCUCGUGUCAGUUCCAAGAAAUAAAUAGAUGCAAUCCAAUAUACCCAAACAAUAAAUAAAUCGAUUGUUGACCCAAAAACAACUAGACCAACUAGAUAUAACAUAUUCAAAUCAUAUGUCUAAUUAAAAUAAUAUAAUAUUAUUAAUGUAAAUUAUACAUAUAAAUUAUAAAUUGAUUUAAAACUAAAAGUAAAUAUCAAUUAAUUAUAAUAUUUUAACUUUAUAAUUAUUUAGUAUGGAUAAAAUGUCUUUUCACAUUUAGUUAAGUGUAGUUUUCAAAAUCUAAAAAAUAAAGUGUAGUUUUAAAAUUUGAAACUAUUAAUAGAUUAUUUAAAAAUUAUCCCUAAUAAUAACUAUUAAGUAUUGUUCUAUACUAGGUGAUUUUUCCGUGCUCAUGCACAGAUAUAAAUAUUUAUAAAGUAAAUACAUUAUAAUAAUUGAUUGCUAUUUAUUUUUAAUUUUAAAUUAAUUUAUAUUUUUUGUGCAUAAUUUUUCUUAUUACUAUUAUAUUACUUUAGUUAGACAUAUUAUUUUAGAUAUAUUAGAUCUACUCGUUUUUUUUACAGUUGAUUUAGUUAUCAUUUGGAUAUAUUCGAUUGCAUAUAGUUUUCUGAAUUCAACUACUAAAUAUUUAAUUCUAAAUAUAUUAAAAUUUUCAUUAAUUUUCUUAUGUGUAUUUAGGUUGAUUUUUAUUUUAAAUAUGUAAAUAUAUUUUAGGAAAAUUAUGUAUACCUUAAGAUAUAUUAUGAUUAAAAUAAAAUAAAAAAUAAACUAAAGUGUCUCCUUCCAAAUUACAUAAAUUAAUAUAACUAUAAUACUCUAAAGUCUCAUGCAUAUAUAUAAGUACAAAAUAAUUAACUCAUACAUUUUUGGAAGUUCAUGAACACAUAUCAAUAUUUACAAUAACUAAAAUAUUUUUUAAAUUCUAAAUAAUUUUAUGCCUUAGAUUUAAUGAAUGGUAAAUUGAAAUUUAUUUUAAAUAAUCUCAAAAUAAAAAUUCCGAUUUGCUUUGGUAUCUUGAUUAUAUAUUAAGUUCUAGAAACAUAAAAAUUUAAAAGAAAAUUAUAUUGAGAAAAUAUAUAAUUUUAAUAAUAAUAAAAUACAAUAUAUCUCUCUCGUUAAAGUAUAUAGGGUCUGACUGGUGACCAUUCGGGAAUCAAGAGGAACGAAUAAAAAAGGAAUGUACGGGAACAAAAUAUCAGGAACGAAAAGGAAUGGCUGUUCCUUAUCAAAUUUAACAAAGAAUCAUUUUGUUCUUAAAUUCUCUACAAAAAAAGGAAUGAAAGGGAAUGAGAAGGAAUUAUUAUUUCUUGUGAAUGGUGAUUUUUUUUAGGAACGUUAGGGAAUGCAUUAUUCCUCACCGUUCCCUCCGUUCCCUGGUCACCAUUCAUACCCAUAGUGUUAUGCUAUUUUAAAAUAUUAUAUAAUUAUUUGAUUUGAUUUGGUAUUCACAUUAUAUACAAAUAUAUAUUUUCAUAUAAGAAAAUAUAGAUAUAAAGAAACUAUUUUAUUACUUCAAAAUUAUAUUUUAUGUUAUUUACAAAUAUUUUUAAAUGGAAUCUUACCAUUUUCUGAACUUUCCCUUUUAAUGAAAUCAUAAUAUAUAUACAUAUAUUUUUGUUUUCAAAUUUGCUUUUUAAACUUUAUAAAUAUUUACUUUUUUAUUGUAUAUGUUAUUUGGAAAUUAUAAAAAGGAAACUAAAUUAAAAGUAAAUAAUAGUAUUUAAAUGUAAUAUUUUUAAUUCAUUAAUAAUCAACCAUCAGACUUAAAUUGAGCACUACAUAUAAGAAACUGACUAUAUAUAUGUGUUAAAACCCUAAACGGCCACUUUUUUCCUCUCCCUCUAUCUGUCGGAUUCAUAGGUUUCUUUAGCUGCUCUAUCACGUGGGUUUGUCUUUCCCUUUAUCGGUGAUCCAUCAUCCGAAGAGAAUGAUGAGAAGAAGACUGCAGCACAGGGAGAUUCCUAAUGAUGUGGUGAUGGAGGAGAUCCUUGCGAGACUGCCGGCAAAAUCUCUGAUGAGAUUCAAGUGUGUCUCAAAGCUUUGGUCAUCGCUUAUCAGCUCACGAUAUUUCAGCAACCGUUUUCUCACAGUCCCAACCAGACGUCCUCGGAUUUACAUGUGUUUGCAGAAUAACAAUGACUACCGUAACUCUGUAACACUAUCAUUGGCUCCAGACACUAGUUAUCCUAAUCGCUUUGUGGUUGACCACAAUCUGACCAGCCCUCGGGUGGGAGGCUACAUCUUACAAAAUCUUUGUGGCUUCAUGUGCUACUCCUUUAUGAGAAAGCCGAAGAUCUAUAACCCUGCCACCCGACAACUAGUCACCAUACCUGCCGCCAUCAAAUCCCAAAACAUCAUACCAGCUCCUCCAGAAGAAGAAGCCGCCAAAACAUGCAGUUACUAUUUUGGAUAUGACCCAGUUAUGGACCAGUAUAAUGUGCUCUGGUCAACUGGUGUCUACGUGAAACAUUUGGGAGAGAUAAGGUCAGAACAUCUGGUCUUUGUCCUAAAAGCUGGAGGAGAAGGUUCCUGGAAAAAGGCGUCUCCAACUGCACCAGACUUUCUUCCUCACAUUCCGGCCAAAAGAGGAAUGUGUAUUGAUGGGGUUAUAUAUUACAUGGGUUGGACUGAUAGCUAUAAUUUAGCGCUUGUGAGCUUCCACAUUAGAUCCGGAGACUUCAAAAUGAUCCAAGUACCUCGUAGGGACGGAGAUGAAGUGCUUCUAAGGAUGAAGAAUGUGAGUCUUAUAGAGUAUGGUGGCAAAGUAACUAUCAUUGACCAAACCAAUCUUAGGGAAAAGGGUAUGCUUGAUUUAUGGGCCGUGGAAGAUGCUGGGACCAAGAAGAGCUGGUCAAGGAAAACUAUGGUUUUGCAGUCUUCUCAGCUACAUUUGGUUAUUAAUAACAAAACUAUAUACAACAUGAAAGGUACAACUCACAAUAACAAGGUUUUCUUUAUACCAGAGGAUAUGUUUUCUCCCUUUCACAUUCUCUCUUAUGACCUUCCAAGCAAUGAUAUGACAAAGAUCGAAAUAAAAGGAAUACCGGACCACUGGUUUAGUAUUGAUAAAUCGACCAUUAAGGUGAUGUUGAUGGAUCAGAGUGAGAGUGUCGUGUACUUGGAGACUUGAAUUAGACGUUAUACUUUUACCUCUCUAAUGCUUUUUUGUUUUUGUUUUGU